GCGCGCUGGAGGAGCGCGGGCAUCGCGGCGCUGCGGCGGGACGGCGCCCCCACCCCCCGGCCUGGAAAUAGUUUAUUUCCCGGGGCAUCCCGGACCGCAGAGGGGACCUUCCCGGACCCCCGCUCCCCCAUCUCCGGCAUGGAGGGGGUCGGAAAGGGAUUUUGGGUCUGCGCGCUCCUCUGCCUCGUGUCCCGGUACACAGAAGCGUCAUUGCUGCCCUUGGAAGAGUGCCGUGCCAUAGAGAAGAUGGAGAUGGAGCGGGAGAAGUGCCUGGAGGACUUCGACAACCACACCACAGGGGGCUGUGAGAAGAUGUGGGACAACAUUACCUGCUGGCCGGCUGCUGAGGUGGGCCAGGUGGUAGUCCUGCCCUGCCCUCUCAUCCUGACCGUCUUCUCCAACCGGCACGCAGGCAGCAACGUGACCCGGAACUGCAGUAGCCAUGGCUGGUCUGAGCUGACCCCGGCCCUGUACACCACGGCUUGCGGCUAUGAGAUCCUUCCAGUAGAGGAGAAAGGGUUCUACCCAGCGGUGAAGAUGGGAUACACCAUUGGCUACAGUUUGUCCCUCAUCACCCUCACCGCUGCCACCACCAUUCUGUGCCUGUUCAGGAAGCUGCGCUGUACGCGGAACUACAUCCACAUGCACCUGUUCGCCUCCUUCAUCAUGCGCGCCAUCGCGGUGUUCCUCAAGGACUUCGUGCUGUACGAGAACGAGGAUGUGGACCCCUGUGCCUCCGGCUCGGUGGGCUGCAAGGCUGUGAUAGUCUUCUUCCAGUACUGUGUCAUGGCCAACUACCUGUGGCUACUGGUGGAGAGCCUGUACCUGCACAUGCUGCUGGCUGUCUCCUUCUUCUCCGAGAGGAAGUACUUCUGGUGGUAUAUUAUGAUCGGCUGGGGUGUCCCCGGUGUGUUCAUCUCGGUGUGGACGAUCACCAAGACCUACUUUGAUGAUUUCGGGUGCUGGGACAUGAUCAGCUCGCAGUUCUGGUGGAUCAUCAAAGUCCCCAUUAUGACAUCCAUACUGGUGAGCUUCACCCUCUUCAUCUGCAUCAUCCGCAUCCUCGUCCAGAAACUGCAUCCGCCGGACGUCGGGCGCAGCGAAACUCACCAGUAUAAGCGCCUGGCCAAGUCGACGCUCCUCCUCAUCCCACUGUUUGGAGCCCACUACAUCACCUUCGCCUUCUUCCCCGACAAUUUCAAAAUGGAGGUGAAGGUCAUCUUCGAGCUGCUCCUGGGCUCCUUUCAGGGUUUCGUGGUGGCCAUUCUCUACUGUUUCCUUAACGGAGAGGUCCAGGCCGAGCUCAAGCGGAAGUGGCGUCGGUGGCGACUGGAGCAUUUCUUGGGCUCAGGUGCCAAGUACCACCAACCCUCGCUGGCCAGCAAUGGCACCAACUACAGCACGCAGAUCUCCAUGCUCACCAAGUCCAGCCCCAACGCCCAGCGCUCCUCCAGCUUCCAGGCUGAGCUCUCGCUCGUCUGACAGGGCAACGCGGGGACCUCGGGACCGCCGCACCACCCCCGGUCCUCCCCUACUAGACAGGCCCCCGUCCCAUCCUCAUCCUGGAUCAGCAAGUCCCAGCCCCUCCCCUGUUAGGCAGUGGGAGAUGCUCUUGACCAGAGCGGGGAUGUGGCCUAAGCAAAGGGGCAGCUUUGGGUUGGGGAGCUCCAUCCAUGGAUAAAACACACAUGGAUGAUCCACGGAUAAUCCAGGGCACGGAACAACCACCAUCCGGACAAUCCACGGUGCAGCUCAGCCAGAGUGUGGAUAAUCCAAAGUGCAGAUCGUUCACAGCAUGCAACACCCAUGGUGAGGAUAAUUCACAAUGCAGACCAGCCAGAGUGUGGAUAGUCCACAUGCAGAAGUCCAAGUCACAGAUAAUCCACAGUGCAGAUCAGUCAGAGAAGGAAAAUCUACCACGUGGACAGUCCACAGCAUGGAUCAGCCACACUGUGAACAGUAUACUGUGCAGAUAAUACAAUGUGCACAUAACAGCACAGAUCAGCCACAGUAUGGAUAAUCCAUAGCUUAGAUCAACCACAGUGUGGGUAAUACAGUUCGCCGAUCAGCCAAAUUACGGUAAUCCACAGUGUGGAAAAUCCGUCACAUAGAAAAAUCCACAGUGUGUAUAAUCCACAGCACAGAUCAGCCACAUCGCAGGCAAUUAACAGGUCAACUGGCAGAAGCUGACUGGGAUGUCCAGGGGACCAGGCCUGAGAAACAGGCUCUGGAGAAAUCUGUGGGGCAAUGGGGGAAGGGGAGUCCUCCAGUGGCCAGGACCAUGGAGAUCAAAGGUCAGAAGACAGGCUGGGGAGGCAGGAUAGGGCAGUGGUCAACAGAAGGGACAUGCCGUCUCCCGGCCCACAGAGAUAGUGGGGUCUGUCCUUUCCCCGAAGCCGGGAGAAGAGAGCGGCAAACGAGCGGUCUGUGUGUGUAGAGAGCAAGAGGUUUAAUUUAUUUAUUGUGUGGCGAUAUUUAUUAUCGUGUAAGGGGAAGGCAGGGGGGAGAGCUCAGAGGAGAGGGAGAGGAAGCUGAGAGGAAGGUGCAGAUCUGAACCAGAUGCAAGGAGAGCAGCAGGAGCCCUCCAGCAGGGGUACCAGGAGAUCCCUAGCCCAUGGCAAUCUGUGGGGGCCAUGGCUGCUGGCUACAGCUUGCUGACCCUUCUUCCCCAUCCUCCCCCCCAACACUUCCUCCGAAGACCCCCCACCACCACCACCCCAGAGACACACAGGAGGAGAAAUGGGACUAGAGUUUAUUUCUUAGAAAAAGGGGGAUUUGGUUUUUUUUGGGGGGGACCCUCUCUAAUCUGAUGGGGUCCCGCUUUAUCCCUGGUUUCUCCAGUGGGUAGGGGGUAAUGAGGGGAAGGGAAGCAGGAACCCUUCCUCCUCUGGUCUCUCUCAGUCUGGUCUUAUAAGAGUUGGUCUCUCCCAGGUUGGCGGGCGUGGGGAAUCCCCCUGACCGUGGUCUGUCUGGGCUGGGGUGGGGGGCUUGUCCCCCCAGAUGGAGGGAGGCCUCUUGUGUGAGACCGUUGACAUUCCUGAGCUCUUGCAGGGUGAAGAGUUGGAGGGUGGGGGGCAGAGGGAAUGGUGUCUCAACAGAAUCACACUCAUAUGUGCCCCACGUGGGGAGAUAGAACUGUCUUGGCCCACACCCCAAACCAGAAGCCCUUCUCCUUGUACCCCACCCCCCAUUCACAUAUAUAAGUACACAGGGGAGCACUCCCCUGUUGAGGAGGAGGCUCUGGUUCUGCCCAGCUGAGAACAGGGAGCGUCCAACCCCAAAAUGCACUGGAGCCUCCUCCCCCUUCUUAGGAAGACUUGAGGUCCAGGGGAUGCCAGGAGCAUGGCCCGGGGUCAUCCAUCCUGGACACUGUGGCUGUGAGAGACCGAUGUAUAUAGCCUUUGUAUGCAGAGAUUAAAAGCCGAGCAAAUGUAUGGUUCUGGCCGUGACCACC